CUGAGGGGGAGCCAGUGAGGUGUGCUUUGGCUGGCGGGCGGCUGCGCAUGCGCGCCCGUGUGGCCUGGGUUCCCGGCUGCGGGUGGCUUGUGAGCCCCUGGGCCGAGGCAGGGGCCCCCAGCCCGGGGCCAUGGCGGCGAACGAGGACCAGGAGAUGGAGCUAGAAGCAUUACGUUCUAUUUAUGAAGGAGAUGAAUGUUUCAGAGAACUUAGUCCUGUUUCCUUUCAGUAUAGGAUAGGUGACAAUGGUGAUCCCAAAGCUUUCCUAAUAGAAAUUUCAUGGCCAGAAACAUACCCACAGACAGCUCCAAACAUAUCCAUGAAUGCUUUCUUCAACAACACUAUAUCUGUAGCUGUAAAACAAAGUAUAUUAGAUAAAUUAAUGGAAGAAGUUCAAGUUAAUCUUGGAACUGCCAUGACAUAUACACUUUUUGAAUAUGCCAAAGAUAAUAAAGAAUUGUUCAUGGAAAAUCAACCUGUUCAUAUUGUGACAUCUGUAGGCAAUAAUGUCUCAGCUGGAACUCAAGAAAUAGCUCCAUCAAGUAAGAAAAGAGACAAAAAGGAACAGUUGUCCAAAACUCAGAAACGAAAGCUAGCAGACAGAACAGAUCACAAAGGAGAGCUUCCUCGAGGAUGGAACUGGGUAGAUGUAAUUAAGCAUUUAAGCAAAACGGGUUCUAAAGAUGAUGAAUAAUGGAUUUUGAUACAAGGAAACUUCACCUUUUAAUACAGUGCAAUUUGGGUCAACAUCUUUCUUUUAAUAGCUUUUUGCUCUUGUUAGAGUGGAACAUUUUAUAAAAGAACAGUUUCCUAACUAUUAAACCUGACCACAGAUGCUUAUCCAGAGAUUAUUCUGGUCUUACAUCUUUCUUCAUAAACAAAAACUUGCCUUAAACAGAAGAUAAGUGUGACAUUUUUAUACAGAAUGUUGAGAGAACCUAUUUGCUUUCUGCUGAAUGUUGAAAAGGAUAGUGAAAAUAUGCAGUGUUAAUUUAUAUUGUUUUACUCUGUAGUAAGAAUAUGGUAAAAUUCUGUUAGUGAAUCCUCUGCUAUUUUGACCAUUUCCUGAAGUUCUCAUUCCAAUGGAAUAAAAACAUUAAAAGUGGUUAAUCACUUGACAGCAUAUAGUACAUUAAAAUAAAUAAACUCUUUAAACAAA